CCUGUCGAGUUCGUUCGAGUCCGGCUUUACUGCUCGACAUCAACACCUCACCAAUGAGUUCUCUCGCUUUCCCUUGCCGCUCGUCACCACUGACGCCCGCCUCCACCUCCGUUACCCCUCCCGUCCCGGCAUCGCCGUGUAUAAACAUCCGCCGCUCGCGACGAACAGCCAACCGCCAUUUCCACCGCCUCGCCGCCAGCACCCGGAAUUCCCCCCGGACCGUCGCCAUGGCCGCCACCGCCGCUGCCGCACCUGUCAUCUCCCCGAAAGAAAACCUUCCCCCAAUCCUGACCUCCACCUCCGAGCCCCCUCCCCUCUUCGACGGCACCACCAGGCUGUAUGUUGCAUACCACUGUCCGUAUGCGCAGCGCGCUUGGAUUGCCAGGAACUACAAGGGUUUGCAGGACACGAUCAAGAUAGUCGCGAUCGAUCUGGCGGACAGGCCGGCUUGGUACAAGGAGAAGGUUUACCCAGGGAACAAGGUGCCUUCGCUGGAGCAUAACAACCAGGUGAAAGGAGAGAGUUUGGAUUUGGUCAAGUACAUCGAAAGCAACUUCCAAGGCCCAGCAUUGCUUCCUGAUGAUUCUGAAAAAAAGCAGUUCGCUGACGAGCUACUUGUGUAUACCGAUGAGUUCAGUAAGGCAGCGUACUCAUCCAUAACCUCCAAGGGAGACGUUUCAGAUGAAACUGUUGCUGCGCUGGAUAAAAUAGAAGCUGCCCUGGGGAAGUUCACAGAUGGCCCUUUCUUCCUUGGCCAGUUCAGUUUGGUGGACAUUGCGUAUGCGCCAUUCAUCGAAAGGUUUCAGAUAUUCUUUUCUGGUAUCAAGAACUACGAUAUCACCAAGGGCAGACCUAACCUUCAGAAAUUCGUUGAGGAAGUGAACAAGAUCGAUGCUUAUACACAAACCAAACUGGACCCACAAUUUCUGCUUGAACAAACUAAGAAGCGGCUUGGGAUCGAGUGAAGCUGUGACCAAGGAUGAACAAGAGAUGAAAUUUCAGUCACUCAGGAACGUGCUUGCUUGCAGAAUGCUAAAUAUGGAAUAAAUGAUGCAUGCUACUAGGCUCCUGCCUUUUGAAUAUAAAAUAUUUAUUUUGUGGUUAUAGUUCGACAGUGUGCCCAUGCUUGUGAAGGAGGAUGAUCAUAUACUGUAGUACUGUACUAUAAGUUCCAUGAACCGAUGCUCUUAUGUUCUCAA